AGUGUGACAGUGUGAGCUGAAGGUAAACUGGGAGUGAUGGGAGCGGCCGGGAUCUCAUGGAGAACAACUAUGACCGUCAUCAUCACAGCAUCACAAAUCCCAGCUCUGAUCAGUGUCAGAACCACAGCUGUGACCGGUGUGGAGGGUCAGAGGUUCAGCUUCACAUGUGAAUACCCACAGAGCAGGCAGAGCAACCCCAAGUACCUCUGCCGUGUGGACGACAAUGAAACUCACCUGAUACGCACAGAGAGACACAACCAGUGGGAGACCAAAGGACGCUUCUCCCUGUACGACAACACCACUGCAGCCUUCCUCCUGGUCCAAGUGGACAGACUGGUCCCAGAGGACGGUGGGACAUACUGGUGCGGGGUGGACGUCAGCUUACAACCGGAUUAUAUAUGUGUCAUACACCUGAAAGUCUCUCGAGCAGCAAAGCCUCCAAAAACUCGGACUCAUCACAUAAAUGAAGUAUCCACAACACCCACAGACGUCAAAGUGGACAAGCUCAACAUUUCCCUGCUUCUGACUGCAGUGAUGUGUGUGGCAGCCAUACUGUUUGUGUGUCUGUUCACACUGUGUCUCCUGUGCGCUGUUAAACACCAGAGAUCAGGCCCACGCCAGAACAGAGAGCCAUCAGCGGACUAUGAGACAAUGACAUCUGGUGAGGGAACUGAACCUGAACCCCGCUGCACCUGUUCAUCUUCGGACUGUGCUGCUCUCUCAGCUCCACCGCUGCCACCUCCUGAACGCUGCCCCCACUUCACGUCAGAGCACCGGGAAUCCGCUGUCAGUCUCGAUGAAUACGCUGAAGUGGAUGUACGAGGCCGAGUCUGCCGGUACCAAGAUCUGGAUCUCAGUCAGUUGGAGGAUCAUGUUUAUCACACGCUCUGUGGUCACAAAGAUGGACCCAUGCAGAUGAACUGUUGAUACCACUCAGUUUAUUUAGAACUUGGGUCUUGUUUCUUAAACUUUAGACAUCACCUUAAAUCGUCAAUUAUAACUUUCUGCUUUCUGAGAUACUGUGGUGGAAAAUUAAACUGACCAGGUGUCUCGCUGCUGUGAUACUCUCUACCUGACAGGAUGAAACCCUUAUUUGGUGGUGUCUCACUGCUAUGACCUUGACAAACAGGGUGUUUGCCCUUAUUCUGUGAUGUUUUCCUCCAACUGCUAAAGCACAUAGACACAGAUGAUGAUUUCAUGUCUUUUUUUCAUAUUAUGUUUUAUGAAACAACUUUUUGGAUAAGUACUGGCAUUUUUAAACUCGCGGCCAGUUCCACUUUGUGCAUCCAUGCCUGUUGUGUUACCUCUGCAGAGCUUACUAUUAAAAAGACUCAAAGGCAACUCCAGUCUGAGAAUUUCAUUAUUUCAAAUCUCAAGAUGAAUUUCCAUCACAAUGCCUUGGUGCUAAUAGAGUAUUAACAAUAAUAUGAUUUUCGGCCAA